UAAUUGUUUACUAAAAAUGUAAAAAAUAGAUUCCUAAAUGCAAAAUUAACCUUAAACACUCAAUUUAUUUUUAAGUAGAAAGCAUGUUGUUGAUAUUUAUUUGAAUAGCAGAGAAUAUUCCAACAUUAUUUCCGAUUAAGACUAGAUUUAACUCAAAAAGUAUGAAAAAUAGUAGUUAGGUGCUUAAUUCCUAAGUACCUUAAUUUUUGGUGGCGCUAUUGCUUUAAGAUAUUAUGCUGUGUCUAAAAAAUACUCUAAGUUAUAUGGAUUUAACAUACCUUUAAUUGGAUUAAGCAAGGUUCCUGCAUUUUUUGGUCAUGUAUCUAAUUUAUUAUUUUUGGUGGUAGCAAACUAAUACUAUGAUAAAUAUUUGUUUCAAAAAUCAAUCCAAAUAAUAUCUAAAUAUGAUCCUGAAGCUUAACAUAUUUUCGAAUUUAAUAAAGUAAUUAUAUGAGUGAAGCAAAUAUAAAAU